ACCCGUUCGCGGUUCGGAUGCCCUUCCCAGCCCAGAAUCAAGAAUCUGACUGGAUGGUUCGUUGGCCUAGGGACUUUUUGUUGCCAACUUGACUUGGAAGGGUAGGGAAAGUAGGUGUUCAUGCAAGUGGAACUUGAAUUUCCGAUUCAAAACUUUGCAGCGAAAUAAUCUACUAGAUUGCUAUGUUUAACUUUUUGUUUUCCUUUUUUUUUUUUUUCCCUCCCUCAAGCGGCUUCCAUGAGGCGGCAAAUAAGCAAGCCCUGGCGCUCAUAUCAUGGGAUACCGUACACUAUGUUGGGUUGCAGGGCGGAAAAGGUAAGGCGGAAAGUAAAACGCUCGUCGAUCUGGAACCGAAUCGCAAGACAGGGGGGUUCGGUCGGUCGGUCAUGAUGUGUGAAUCGACUGUAAGCCCCCCCCCCCCCCCGUGUAACUCGAGCGUGAAACGCGACGCUGGACGGGGGGCCGGGGUGAACUGCCCAGGGGAGGGGAAUUCGAAUUGCGGAAUGCGUGCGCGCGCGGCGCGACAGUGUACAUCUUUGCUAAAAGAUCAAAGAGUAAUCUGAAACACAGCUGAUAUGGUUCAGGGUGGGUUUGUGUGUGCGAAUAAUUCGUUCUAUUUUUGGCACGUUGGAAUUUGAUCAACAUCCCCUCCGCUUUUUCCCACGUGUGCGUAUCGCUGCUGCAUAUCACAGUUGUACACCACGAUGUGCAAUCAGGCCUUGUGGUUGGGGCGAACAAAACAGCGUGGUUUAUUCCUGG